AUGGCCCAGUUUCUUCGCGCCCCCACGGCUCCGUAUAGUGAACCAUUGCUACCACAACUCGAUAUCCGUAACCCAUACUACACCGAUUUGCAUCACAAUCUUCGCGCUUGGGUGCGGGAAUAUGUUGACACCUCGAUCGCACCCUAUGCUCAAGAAUGGGAAACUGCCGGCCAAGUCCCAGAAGAAGUCCGUCGGCGUCAUUGCCAGCUAGGCUUCGGCAUCGUUCAUCCCUUGACAACUGACGAGAAUGCAGCUGGCCUAUCACUUCCUGGAAAUGUCCCAAGAGAUGAAUGGGAUACUUGGUGUUCACUGAUUGUGGUCGAUGAAUUGACCCGUGUUGGCUUUGUUGGUGUCAUUUGGGGACUUGGUGGUGGAAAUGGAAUUGGAUGUCCGCCCAUUGCUAAAUUCGGCACACCUGAGCAACAACGAAGAUGGCUUCCUGGUGUUGCGAGAGGCGAUGUUAGAUUCUGUCUUGGAAUUACAGAACCUGAUGCUGGCUCUGAUGUUGCGAAUAUCCGCACAACAGCGAGGCGUCAAGGUGACCAUUAUGUCGUCAAUGGAGCUAAAAAAUGGAUAACCAAUGGCCUCUGGGCUGAUUAUUGUACCGCUGCUGUGAGAACUGGUGGUCCCGGUCGCUCAGGAAUUAGCCUCCUCGUCAUUCCCUUGGCCGCCGAGGGAGUCACUUGUAGGCGAAUGUUCAACUCUGGAGUAAAUGCAAGUGGCUCUACCUUUAUCGAAUUGGACGAAGUCCGCGUACCAGUGGAAAAUCUGAUUGGCGAUGAAAACAAGGGCUUCGCUCUUAUCAUGUCAAAUUUCAAUCCAGAGCGUCUAUCCUUGGCAUGUGCUUCUCUACGAUUAGCUCGUGUCUGUGCCGAGGACGCCUUCAACUAUGCAAUCCAACGAGAAACAUUUGGGUCGCCUCUGAUCAAAAAGCAAGCUAUUCAAUCCAAGAUCUUCAAAUUUGGCCUCAUGAUUGAGCCUGCUUAUGCAUUCAUGGAGCAACUUGUCAAUAUUCUGGAGCUCACCAAAGAUCGAUACGUGGACGAUGUUAAGAUUGGUGGCCAGACUGCUUUGCUGAAGGUCAUGUCCACGAGGGCUUUGGAAAAGAGCGUUCGAGAGGCUCAACAGGUUUUAGGAGGAGCUGGGUACAACAAAGCAGGGAAGGGAGCACGCAUUGAACAAAUUAGUCGUGAUGCUCGGGUUCAUGUUGUUGGUGGUGGUAGUGAAGAGAUUAUGCAAGGUCUGGCCCUUCAAGAGGAGACCAAGGCCUUGCGAACACGACGGGCAGCUCUUGAAAAGAGGAAGUCAAAGGUGUAA